GGGAUAUUUGCCACCCCUACCAGCAACAGGUAUUAGGACUUAUCAAGGCUAGAAUAAAUGAGAAGAAAUCGCUUAGUGUUUUGUUUCUUUUGGGAUUUAAACCUGAGAUUCUCUACCCAUUUCCUUAAUCAGUAGGCCACGCCCUUGGAUGAGUCAUUUUUUCACAUAUUGAAGGAACUUAUUUUCCUAGAGAAAAUAUUUUGAUCAACCAAACGGGGGAAAAUUGGAAAACUUUUUCUACCAAACACACCCUUAUUUGUGCACAAUUUAUGGAGAAUUUUAAAAAUGCAGAACAUACAUGAAAUUAGUAAUAUAAUAAUCAAAUUGCUAAUGUAAAAACUAAUUUCAGCAUCCAAUAUAUAACAAUGUCUAUAUUAGUCCACUCUUAAAUCAUUGAGAUUCAAAGAAUUACUGCUUUUCUUUUGGAUCAAUUUGCGCAUCAGUGUUUGAAGCUAUGGCUUUUAAUAACACUGGGGCAAUGAAGUGGGUGAAGAACAUGAGGAUUUAGUUUAAUUCCAAGCGGAGGCAAAAAACACUAGAUGCUUUCUUCCCAUAUGCCUAAGUUUUGGCGGGCAGAGUUACUCGACAUUUGUUAUAGUCAAGGUGGGCCCAAGCUGGGCUGGACACUUCCGUCAUAAUAUAAAUAAAUAGUUUGCAGCGGUUAGGGUGCACAAUUUCAUGUAUUUGCUUCCUUUUGUUUUCCUUUCAUUUGAUCAUCUGUGCAGUCUACCUGAUCUAUAGGUUUUCGUAAUUGUUACAAUAGGACUUUUGGAUGGGCUAAAUUGUACACUUUCGUGUUCUGCAAUAUAUUGUAAUCUUCAUGUCCAGAAUCGUUCAUGCUCUUUCAAAGAAGGAUAUAAAAUUUCUGCUAGUUGUCCAUUCUUAACUACCGUGCAAAUGGUGGAAGCUAUUGUUCAAUGGGUCAAAGCACAAAUAAUAAUAGUGAAUCAAAGAUUUCACCAGCAGUUUCAUCGACCAGUUUCCAUGGAAUCAAGCCUGUAGACUUUUCUUUCUCCAAUAGCAAUAUUGUGUAGCAGUCUUUUUCCGCUCCUUCUCCCUGUUUCCUGUUGUUAUUACAAUUCUCAAAAUGCUAGUGGAUCCCGACGAGCAUCCAUCAUUUUACAAGCUUUUGUUUAAAGAAGGUUUUGCGGAUAAAAUACUAAUGCCGCCGGCCUUCAUCAAAGAAAACAAGAAUAUGUUGUCAAAGACCUGCUUAUUGAAAACGGAUGAAGGGGUAGUCUGGGAAGCAAAGAUAGUGAGGGAGAAGUCCGAUUUCUUCAUAUGUAAAGGAGACUGGCCAAAGUUUGUGGAGUAUCACAAACUGAAACUGGGGAACAUCUUGUUCUUCUUUCUCAUUGAUAAAUCAACGUUCCAAGUUUUGCCCUAUAAACAGAUACGCUCUAGGAACCUUCUUGGGAGGCAAGUAUUUGAGGAACUCAGCAGUUGCUCGAAAGAGGAAGAGGAAGAGGAAGAGGAAGAUAGAGAAGUAGAGGGAGAGGAAGAGGGAGAGGAAGAGAGAGAAGUAGAGGGAGAGGAAACCCCAAGAAAAGCAAAGAAACGUAAAAGGCACGCGAUACAAUUAUCAUAUAAUUCUGUGGAAGAAAGCGAUGACUCAUCCAGUGGGUCCAAGGAUGGGGAAAGUCCACGGUACUCACAUUCAGUUAUGCCUCCUAAAAAGAUUCAACCGUCCAGAACGGAAAAGCAACCAAGCAGAGGAAAAGGCCAAACAGGGCCAUCUCAGGCUGCACCUCCAGCAAAGCGGAAGACUGCAGCAACUAUGAUAUCUUUUACUGAUGGUUCUUCCUCCCAGUCUGAAGAGGAGGGGACUGACACAUCUCAGGCUGCAGUAUAUGCAAAGAUAAGAAGGAAGAAGGCAGAUGAUGAAGCGAGGUUCAGUUUGCCGGGCUCUAAAGAUAAACUCAUAGCUGGCAAGAUCAAGCAGAGCUUAAAUGAAGAAAAGAAGUUGAGUCUCAACGGCCUAAAGGACAAUUUCCCCGUCUUAUUGGAGAACAUCAAAAAGAGGGGUUGGAUGUGCUUCACUGAGUCACCAGGGUACUACUGUGAGGUCUUGGUGUGGGAAUUUUAUGCGGCCUAUGCUGCCAAAUCGGGUAAGAAGAGGGAGUAUCUCCAGAGUGUGCUAGUCCGAGGCACCAAGGUUGAUUGUAGUAGCUCCAAGAUCAAUUCUGUCUACUUUAAAGAAUCGCCCAACAAAACAAAUGAAUAUGAUGAAAGGCUCCGAAACAAAGAGAAUGAGCGUGAAUGGGUGGUUUCGGCGAUAGCUCAACGCACACUGACACCACUAUGGAUAAAUCCUAAGCACAAAAUUAUCAAGAAGGACCUGAAUGUUGAAGCCAAAUAUUGGCUCAACUUUGUGAGUUGUCGGCUGCAACCUUCAAAGAACGAAACAGAUAUUCAGACUGAGAAGGCCAUUCUUAUUGCCUCGAUCAUGUCAGGAUACCCCGUUAAUAUGGGAUUGAUUAUAUUUCGAGAAAUUGGAGACCGAGCAAGAAGAGAACGUACCUCUUUGCCAUUUCCUUGCCUCAUUACUGCACUUUGCAAAGAAGCUGGGUUUCCCGCAAUCCCGAGACGAGAUCGCAUGGUUGAGGCAUCUGUGGAUAUUGACAUCACCAGGAUCAAGGACCAAAAUGAUAAAGAGAAGACUCGAUCAUCAACAAGUGUGAAGGUCGAGCUUAUAGAAAUAUAGGGAAUGGCACUUGAGCAGCGAAAGGCUAGUGCAGCUUCUAAAGAAGAGGAAUCUGACAAAUCCAGGUCCGUGGUUGUUGAGGAAGUCAGGAAGAUGAGGGUGGCAACUAAACAAGUUUUCAGUGGAUGAGGAAGCUUUUGUAAUAUAUACUAUGUACGACUUUUCCUUUUCCCGUUAUAUACUUUGUUUCUAUUUUGGGGUUUACACAGGGAAGUAAUGAGAUGAAUCGAGAGCAGAAAGCAUAAUAGUCUAUUUUUGGGGUGCGGCCCUUCCUCUGACCCUGCGUGAACGCGGGAUGCUUCGUGCAGUGGAUUGCCUUUUUAUUUACUUUCUUGGCUAGUUUGUAAAUUUUCAUCUAAUUCAUCUCUUUCUAGUUGUCUAUUUUGUUUGGUAAAGUAUUGGUGUUGAUACCCUCUCUACUGGAGUUG